AUGACGGGGGAUCAUGACGCGGCUCCGACCGAUUCAACAGCAGUCAACGAUGCUUCUCGGACAAGGCAAAGGAGAAAGAGAAAGUGGGAUCAGCCAGCGGAGCAACUUGUUGCUGCUGCUGGAGUUGCAAAUGUGGCUCCAUUGUUUUCUUUGGCUCAGCCAUAUUCAUCACUUCCAAAUCUUAGUCAACCUAAGAUCCAGGAUGAGUUGCCCAUAGCACGAGAAAUUGUUAUCAACGAUGCUGAGGCUUCUCUUAGGCACAGGCUUACUAAACGCUCAACUCAAGAAGAAAUUCAGAGGUCUACUGGUGCUGUGGUGAUUACUAGGGGCAAGUAUCGUCUUCCAAAUGCACCUCCUGAUGGUGAAAAGCCGUUAUAUCUUCACAUAUCUGCUGCUGCCCAUUUAAAAGAGACUGCAGAACGUAUACUAGCGGUUGAUCGUGCAGCAGCUAUAAUUGAGGAGAUGAUGAAACAGAAAUCAAAUUCGCAGAUUGGGUUGGUUGGUUUUCCGACAGUCAAGGUACUGAGCGCAUGCGUGUAUCUGGGUUUUGAAGCCGACCCAUCAUCUAAUGUUGCUGCUCGUAUUCGUGGGCCUAAUUUUUUACUUUCUCACUCCAUGAAUUCGAGAGAUUCUAAUGGUGAAGCUCUCUCUGACAUCUCCGUGCAAUCUGGAGAGAACUUUUUUUGUGUUGGUGGUGGUUGGCUUUCCUACAUGCAGGAUCAGUAUAUAAAUCACAUUAUGAAUGAAACAGGAGCAACCGUUGUACUACGAGGGCGUGGUUCAGGGAGCCUUGAGAACCAACAUGGCGAAGAAGCACAUCAACCAUUGCAUUUAUUGUUAUCUAGCACCAACCCAAAGAGUAUUGAUGAUGCAAAACGUUUAGCUGAGAAUCUUAUGGAUACAAUCAGUGUAGAAUUCGGGGCUUCAAGGGUUUCCUCAAGCAAGGUGUACGGUGCAGUACCACCACCUCAGCAACUGGUUUCAGGAGCUCCUGAAAUCGAGCAAAAGCCAAAUUUGAGUUCAACAUAUGGUUUGAUGAGAUCGAUACCCAUCAUAUCACCACCAAGUGUUGUUCAUCCGUUUUCAGUUCCUCCGGCAACAACUCUUUAUCCUCAGUUUCCAGUAUUGCAGCCUUCAGGGAUAUCAAAUGACGGGCACUCGAGACCUGGUCCAGUCAGUUACUUACAGCCCAUGGCUGGGGGAACUAGCUAUAGUGGGUAUGCUGGAAUAUACCCUCAAGCCACUCCACUUCAACAAGUUGCUCAAGUCCUUAGGCAAUCAGUUUCUCCUGUUAUCUCCACUGUGCCUCCGACUGUGCUGACAGCUACUUCCUUAUCAAAACCAAGUGAUGUUUCAAGUAAGGAAAAGGAAAGGCGUCCACCCCAAAAGCGAAAGUUUCAGGAGCUACCAGCUGAUUGUAAAGUCCCAGCAAAAGCCAAAGAGGGUAUUCUUAAUAUUGGAGGCACCAUGUGGUCGCAGUCAUUCUUACUUCAACUUGGCGAUCAGAAUCAGAACCUUACCCAGACUUUUUAA